AUGAAUGAAACUGAAACUUCACAAUCACCGAAUAUAUCCAUAGAUUGUGAAGAAGAAGAAUACUCAAAAGAAUCGGGCUCUCUCGAAAAUAACAGUGGGCCUUCAUCAUAUAGUUUAGAUAAAUUAGAACAAAAUUUAAAUUAUAUUUAUCCGAAAAUACCAGUUGCAAUGCGCUACAAUGACUUUGGCAUAUAUAAAAAAGAAGUUAUUAAGUGGUAUGAACAAAUAACUUCAAAGCUAGAAGAAAAAGAAAAUUCAAUUCCGAUUUCUUUUACGUUAAAAAGGCCAGCAGUUGAUAAAGAAAUGGUUGAUUUGUCUGGUACGACAAGUAAAAUGGAGCUAUCAAGUUUUAAUCGUCUUUGGCUCCAAAAAAUCUUAAUUACUUCAGAAACAAUUGACCCAGCAGCUCAAUUUCCAAAUAAAAUAAAUCAGAGAUAUCGUCCAUUGUCAUUGGUUUUCACGCAUUCCGGUGUUUUCUCGGAUUUCAUACAAGAAUAUCCGAAACUCUCAAAUUACGACACAUAUGAGUCAUAUGAAGAAGCGUCAGUCAAUUGGUAUAAGAAACAGAACCUUUACAACAAUGAAAUUUAUAAUCCAGAUCAUUUCUCGAAAUAUAUGAAUUAUGCACGUGUUAAUUCGAACAAUCCCUAUACACCUAUCCCCCAACAUAAAUACGCGCAUUUCGAUCAAAGAUUUUUAACCGUUAAAUUUUCAGAAAAUUCAGAACGAUUAAAGGACUCAAUACAAGUUCUAUAUCGUACAUAUAAGCAGUACAACUUUACCAAACUAAAAAUUACUUACCAGGAAGUGAAAAAUUUCCAAAAUUUCCAAGAAAACAGACCAAUCACGAAUCAUUGUAUUAUCGAACGAUUAUUCAAGAACUUCCUAAAUCCUGGCAGUCCUCUUUUGUUUUCUCCAUUUGAAGAUGAUUUUAAGUUAGCUAAAGUUUUCUUUGAUGGAGCUCAAUACAAUGAUAUCUACAUGAGUAACUUACCUCCUAAGGUCACUAUCCGUCAAUUCCAUUUCAUUCUCGCUCAAGUAAAUUCAAAAACAUCAAAUUUAGUACUUAUGUGCAUCUUAGAUAUAUUCAAAGACCUGUUUACGAGCUCAAACAUUACAUUCAUGCUUGGAAUGUUCCAAGAUACUAAAGUUUUACUCACACUUGGAUAUAUCAUCAACAAAUUAAUCGAUUUUCCAACUCGUUCGUACUUCGUUAAUGCGUAUUUAGCAUGGCCAAUCAAAGUAGACGAUCAGAUCAUCAAUCAUACGAUCAAAGUUUUAAGUGAAAAAUCUGUAGCGAAUACUUUCCUUCAUUUCUUCACUACAACAGGUCUAAAAGACAGGUCUUCACUUGCUCAGUAUUACCAGAAGAUGACAACGACACAAAUCGAGAUUUUGUUUGAAAAUUUCUUAGGUCAAAUUACAAAUUACCUUGAAAAUCAUUUGAGCAAGGAAAACCUUGAUGUCAUUGUAUCUAUAUUCAAUAUGAUUUUAGAUUGCCAUCCAGAUCAAGUCGCAGAGUUCUAUAAUUCCUUUAAUAACGUUUUUGCCUUUUUAAACGAGAUUUCACUAUUAGACAGCAAAGCAUUUAUGAGGAUAAUGGCUCCUAUGCUCAAGAUCCAAACCAAUACAAUUUUGUUUGUUAACAUGUAUGUUCCUCACAUCGAAUACAUUUCAUUGGAGGAACUUUACAACUAUUCAAAUUACAUGUUCUCAAUUAUUGCGACGGUUUUUUCAAUGAGUCCUAACAAAAUUAUUUUUCCCAAAUAUGAUUGGAUCUGUUCAAUGAUCACUCACUUAGUACAGUUAACAAGUGAUUCGUCAUCAUUUGCAUUGUAUUGCAUUUGCAAUUACUUAUGCAGUCUGUUGUCAUCGAAAAUUGAAUAUGACAAAGGACUCGCGUUCAACUGUUUGACCUUUUUAACACCCGGAUUGCAGAACAAAGUCAUCCACGCAUAUUUCAUCCGCGCGUUUGGAAAGAUAUUGAUACUUCCACAAUCAAUUUCUUUCUUAAAGUCAUAUAAUCUUUGGACAGUUUCUCUUUUCAAACAAUUGGAAAGCAGCAACUACGAGACACAAAGAUACGCGUGGAGAACAUUUCAUGCAAUUGCUGACCAACAUUUGGACUUGUUGGCGCAAAUGUUCAAAAACAAAAAUAUUAUGACAGCGUUCUCAAACGCGUUGAUGAAUUUGUCUUUGUCCGGUUUGACCGAGCUUUAUUUCAUGCUCACAUAUAUAUUCGGAAAGAACUUGAAGCCUUUGUCUCAAUAUGAUUCGAAAUCUGGAAAAGGGCCAAGCGUUUUCUUCGGAAUUCAGAAUAUUCAUCCUGAUUUGAUAGCUUUUUGUUACAUUUUGAGUGACAGUGGCUUUAAAUUGGAUGAAUUCAACGCAAAAAUUUCGAAUGCAACCGGUCCUGAUUCGAUCCUUUCUGGAAUCAUUUUCAAGUACUUCAAGAGAGUUUUUAAUGACAGAAAGUAUAUGAGAGGACUUCUUGAUAGAAAUCAGGGAGAGAUUUAUUAA